UGGCAACCAUGAGGAGGCAGUUCGACGCGUAGCCAUACCCUAAUACCUACAGAGAGUGAGGCAGAUCCUGAAGAGUCAGUUGAACGGCAAGAAUAAGAUCCAAGACUUUAACACGCACUACCAGUUAUCAGAUACAAGCAGAGAACAAUCAAAGUGGAGGUGUAUGAUUGGGAUAGAGACGGCGGCCACGACUUCAUCGGGGACUUCACUACCAGCUAUCGUGAGCUUGCUCGAGGGCAGAGCCAGUUCAAUGUGUACGAGGUGAUUAAUACCAAGAAGAAAAUGAAGAAAAAAAAGUAUGUCAACUCUGGAACUGUCACCCUGCUCUCCUUCUCUGUGGAGUCAGAGUUCACCUUCUUAGAUUACAUCAAAGGAGGGACGCAGAUCAAUUUCACAGUGGCUAUCGAUUUCACAGCAUCUAACGGUAACCCCUCACAGUCCACCUCUCUACACUACAUGAAUCCGUACCAGCUGAACGCCUACGCCAUGGCCCUGAAGGCCGUUGGCGAGAUCAUUCAGGACUACGACAGCGACAAGAUGUUCCCUGCUCUGGGAUUUGGAGCCAAAAUUCCCCCUGAUGGCCGUGUGUCACAUGAGUUUCCCCUGAAUGGAAACAUGGAAAAUCCCUACUGCAACGGCAUCGAGGGCAUUUUAGAGGCCUAUCAUCAGAGUCUGAAGACGGUACAACUGUAUGGGCCGACCAACUUUGCACCUGUGGUGAAUCAUGUUGCCAGGUAUGCAGCUACAGUGCAAGACGGCUCCCAGUACUUUGUGCUCCUCAUCAUCACAGAUGGAGUCAUUUCGGACAUGGCUCAGACCAAAGAGGCCAUUGUGAAUGGCGCCAAGCUUCCAAUGUCCAUUAUCAUCGUCGGAGUGGGUCAGGCGGAAUUUGACGCUAUGGUAGAGUUGGACGGCGACGACAUCAGGGUCUCCUCCCGAGGGAAACUGGCCGAGAGAGACAUUGUCCAGUUUGUUCCCUUCAGAGACUACAUGGACCGGACAGGUAACCACGUGUUGAGCAUGGCCCGCCUAGCGAAAGAUGUGCUGGCCGAGAUCCCGGACCAGUUAAUUUCUUACAUGAAGAGCCGGGGAAUUAAACCCAACCCCGCCCCGCCUCCUUACACGCCCCCCGGACACACACACCACCACACACACAUCUGACAGCGUGUCUUCAUCAGGUUACUUUCUCUUGUUGAGAGGCUGCAAACUUUCCAGGACCCGACGGCAAAAGCCCUUUUUUUUUCUUUUUUUUAAUCAAAACUGCGGCGUAGACUGUUUCGCAUCUCAAACAGGCAGCAGGUUAUUUUUUGGGGGGGAAACAAAGAUCUUAUUGUGGUUGAAACUCGUGCCUGUCUGUGGUCGUUUCUCGAAAAGGUUUCAGGUGAACUUUGACCUGAAGCUCUGCCCUGUCAGUCAUCAGUGUGGCCAAAUACGCUGAUCUUUUCAGGCACUUUUUCCCGUCUGGAACAAGUUUUUAUAUCUGGAGAUGAUCUCCAUAUUUACGGGGCAAAAAUUCACAGUUUUAGUUCUGGAAACAUCAGUCAGGUAUUUCACGCCAUCAGUUUCUAAGAGCACUCCCCAUAUUUGAUUCUCAAGUAUUUUUCAGAGUGGCAUGGGUAUUUAAUAAGACUGUUUAAAAAGCAUCAACUAUUUUUCUUUGAUUGCAUAUAAAAACAAUAGUUGCCCAUUUCAACUUCACAGAUGACUAUAUUUUAUCAAAAUCUAAUUUACUUAAACUAGUCAAACAUAUUAAGGUAUUUAUAUUGUUUUUACAGUUUUCUUUCAAAAUCCCGCAAUUUUUAUGCCAAUUGUAUGACUUAUUUCUGGAAACGUUCCAUUGGAAGUUUGGCUUGGGAAAUAUUGAAAGUUGGACACCUUCCAUGGGUAUUAAUCAGACUGGUUUACGUUUUAAUUGUUUUUAUUUCAGUCCCUCCGGUAUUUUGCUGCCUUUUUUGCCUGAAUUUGCAGCAGAUUUUUCAGAAAGUUAUUGCAAAAAUUGAGGCUUCUUCAAUUGAAAUUUGUUGUCGACCUUGUCGUGAUGCUCAGAGUCGCAUGACAGCUAUAAUUUGGUGUGUUCCAAAGAUGCAGAAAGCCGAGGAGACAAUGUGCAGGUAAAAGGUGUGUAUUGGCUUUAGGGUAGGGGUAUCCAAACUAUGGCCCGCCGGCGUCUUUAAUUUGGAAUAAGGAAUCUGGCUUUCAAUUAAUUUUAAAAGUCCAUUUAUAUGCUGCUGUUUUGUCAUAAUCUUGUGGGUAAUUCAGGCUCAUGACCAAUUAUCAUGCUUCAUCUACUCAUUGUUGUACUUGAAAGACUUGAUCAAAUACACAGUAAUGAAAACACAGUUGUUCUACUAACUGUACUGUGCUUGCUGCUUACUAAAAAAAAAACAACACUUACAUUUCACUAUUUGAGUAGCCUUUGUUCUGCCAUUUGCGUACUGGCGAGCGAUCUCUGAAUCCGGGAACAUA